AUGGCUGCCAAGGAGCUAAUGAAGGAGGAAGCAGGAGCAGCUGGGAGCAGAGGAGAAUUAAUUAGGGUAGAAGUGGCCGCAGUGCAAGAGGCUCGGGCCCACUUAAAAAGCUGCCCAGGAGCAGCAGACCCUGUGCCCGCAAAAGCGGAGCUUGAGGCCAUGAGCAGAUACGCCAGCCUGAUGAUCCCGGCUGUCUGCCCACAUCUGACUGUGCUGCUCUCAGCCAUUGGCAUCUUCACCGCCUUGUCCUCCGUUUAUGACGUCACCUCCACCAAGGACACUCAGGAUAUCUGCGUGGAGCUUCUCACCUCCUUGGUGGUCUCACUCCUCCCAGGGUUUGGGGUUCUUUUCCUGCUGUUCUGGGUUGGCCUCUACAUGUAA